AGAAUGGUAUCAAUGGUAGCGACAUAUAUUCCGUCUGAAGUAGUGCACGUUUCACAGUUUUUAUUCGUUGGGCUUACGAGCAUGAAGCUCUUCAGAUCGUUUCUACGAACGAUUCGGCCUUCCCACCGUACGAAGUUAAAAAUUGACUUUAUUUCCGAACUUCCACUGGAGAUAUCGCAGUUAAUAUUGCGAAAACUCGACCCUGAAUCGCUUCUGCGCGCUGCACAGGUGUCGCAUCGCUGGUUGAAAGUUUGUCGUUCUGAUCCUUGUUUAAAGAUCACUGCGAGAAAACACAGAAAUGUAAGAUCGGCGAGUAUAAAAGGAAACAGAAACGAUUUCGUUGAACUGCAGGCAACGUCGAUUACGUUAUCGCAAAUGCACGAUAUGAGACACAAUAUGAGAAACUUGGUCAGCUUUUAUAACUUUUUCGAAUAUUGCAAUAACGCGACUAUGAAUAUGAGCGUGUACAAAAUGAACGGAUUGUGAUGAUUUUAUGUAUAAUUUAUAUCACAAUUGAAGUAAAAUGGAAGAAAGUUUAUACGUUUGU